UGGUGAUGACUGACAGUGACAGAUGUUAUUGGCGGAUUUUGCCAUUGAGUGGUGUUGACGCGAUUUGCAGUUUUAUCAUUUCUUGUCUGUCCUCAUUCGCGUGACUCUUAUCUCGUGUAAGUGAACCGUCUGCGUUCACUUCAAUCGUGACAAUCGUGCUGAUAAGACGACGAGCCAAAAUGCAGAAAUAUGAGAAGCUGGAGAAGAUUGGCGAGGGGACCUACGGGACCGUGUUCAAGGGACGAAAUAGGGAUACCAUGGAAAUUGUAGCGUUGAAGCGGGUUCGACUGGACGAGGAUGACGAAGGAGUGCCCAGCUCGGCGCUGCGGGAGAUUUGUUUACUUAAGGAACUUAAACACAAAAACAUCGUCCGACUCUAUGACGUCCUGCACUCGGAUAAAAAAUUAACUCUCGUGUUCGAACACUGCGAUCAAGACUUAAAAAAGUAUUUCGAUAGUUUAAACGGUGAAAUGGACAUGGACGUAGCGAAGAGCUUCAUGUACCAACUGCUGCGUGGACUAGCCUUUUGUCACAGCCAUAACGUUCUUCAUCGAGAUCUCAAGCCUCAAAAUUUGCUCAUAAAUAAGAACGGAGAGUUGAAGCUAGCUGACUUUGGCCUGGCACGCGCCUUUGGAAUUCCAGUAAAAUGUUAUUCCGCAGAAGUCGUGACUCUAUGGUAUCGUCCUCCUGAUGUUCUAUUCGGUGCUAAAUUAUAUACAACCAGCAUUGAUAUGUGGUCAGCUGGCUGCAUUUUUGCUGAACUGGCGGACGCUGGUAGACCACUGUUUCCAGGUUCAGAUAUUCUUGAUCAGUUGAUGCGCAUCUUUCGAGUUCUGGGUACCCCGUCAGAGGAGACUUGGCCGGGUGUUACACAUCUUUCGGAUUAUGUUGCGCUGCCAUCCUUCCCGCCCAUAUCAUCAUGGAAUCAAAUCGUGCCGCGACUCAACGCAAAAGGACGAGAUCUCCUCCAAAAACUGUUGGUUUGCAGACCAAACCAGCGUAUCAGUGCCGAACAAGCAAUGCAACACCCGUACUUCACCGAGAGUUAAAACUAAGUUAGGCUAAGUAGUCCUGCGGCUCUAAGGAAAGUGUUGUGAUGCUAAUCUGAAGCGAAACGAUCUAUUACAAUGAGAACAAUUGUACAGUCUAAAGUUAAGUUGAUUAGCUGUAACCCUAGCCGGUAUUUUCUAGAGAUAAUGCCUCCAAGUCAUAGAGUUCUAAGUGUAUGGUUAAGCGUAGUGUUUAAUAGUAUUAUUCCAAUCCAGACAACACGCCAAGCUUGUCCGUAAGAUGUACCAAGACUUGAAUAGAAUUUACUGUUUACAUGGUUUAUUUCUUUGAAACGUUUAUAUUUGUAACGACGAAACGAUUAAGAGAAAACCUAGGUACGUAAUUAUAUUAAUAUUCCCAUUAUUGUAUUCAGAGAAAGUGAAAGCUUCUAGAAAUAAAUUUUAAGAUCAAACUA